GGGAGGGAGAGAUCUAUCAGUUUGGAGAGGAGGCCCCUGGAGGAGAAAGCCAUAGAAUUUGAGCUCUGUCAGUGGCGCUCUCUCUGCUGCUUCCACAGGAGGAGGGAGGGGGUGCAAAUAAUUCAUGUUUUUUAUGCCACACGGAGGGAGUUUUGUGCAGCCGACCGCUUGGGCACCGCUAUCAGCCAUCUUGUUCCCUGUAGAUCGCUCGCAGCCGAGAUUCCCAGGCAAGCUCCAGAUAAAUGCCCGAAACGUUGAAGCCUGAGCCCAGAUUUGCCUGAGAGCCCCCAGGAUGGAUGGAUUUUAUGACCAGCAAGUGCCUUACGUGCUCCCCAAUAAUCAGAGCGGGGGACCCAGUCAUGAACGCUCAUCCAGCAGCAGGAAAAGAAAGUUUCUAAAUAGAGACCUGGCUCAUGAUUCAGAAGAACUCUUCCAAGACCUGAGUCAGUUACAAGAAACAUGGCUUGCAGAAGCUCAGGUGCCUGACAAUGAUGAACAGUUUGUGCCAGAUUAUCAGGCUGAAAACGUGGCUUUUCAUUGUGUCCCAUUAAAAAUCAAGAAAGAACCACACAGCCCCAGCUCUCAACUCAACACUGCUUGCAGUCAAGAACAGCCAUUCAAGUUCAGCUAUGGGGAAAAGUGCCUGUACAAUGCCAGUGCCUAUGAUCAGAAACCACAAGUUGGAAUGAGGCCCUCAAACCCACCGACACCUUCAAGUACUCCUGUGUCCCCACUACAUCAUGCAUCACCCAACCCUGCACAGACUCCAAAACCAGACCGGAUUUACCCAGCACAUAUUCCUCCAUCCCAACCCAUCUCAGAUAACAGCUAUUCCAUGGACCAUAGAUUUCGCCGACAGCUCUCUGAACCGUGCAAUUCUUUUCCACCACUGCCUGCAAUGCCAAGGGACGGGCGCCCCAUGUAUCAGCGGCAGAUGUCUGAGCCAAGCAUUCAGUUUCCUCCACAAGGAUUUAAACAGGAGUACCAUGACCCCGUUUAUGAACACAACAAUAUAGUCGGAAAUGCACCCAGUCAAGCCUACCCUCAACCACUUAUGAUAAAGCAGGAACCUAGAGAUUUUGCUUAUGACUCAGAAGUGCCUAGCUGCCAUUCCAUUUAUAUGAGGCAAGAAGCUUUCCUGACUCACCCCAAUGGCACAGAAGGUUGCAUGUAUGAAAAGGGGCCUCGACAAUUCUUCGAUGACACUUGUGUUGUCCCCGAGAAAUUUGAAGGUGACAUUAAACAAGAGCCAGGCUUGUACCGAGAAGGACCUACAUAUCAGAGAAGAGGCUCGCUGCAGCUCUGGCAGUUCUUAGUAGCACUUCUUGAUGACCCAGCCAAUUCCCACUUUAUUGCAUGGACAGGAAGGGGCAUGGAGUUUAAACUCAUAGAGCCAGAGGAGGUGGCACGUCGCUGGGGUAUUCAGAAAAACAGGCCAGCUAUGAACUAUGAUAAACUAAGCCGUUCUCUGCGCUAUUAUUAUGAGAAGGGAAUAAUGCAGAAGGUUGCUGGAGAGAGAUAUGUCUAUAAGUUUGUGUGCGACCCAGAAGCCCUCUUCUCCAUGGCCUUCCCAGACAAUCAGCGGCCAUUGCUGAAGACCGACGUUGAGCGGCAUGUAAAUGAAGAGGACACCGUACCACUGACUCAUUUUGAUGAAAACGUGCCGUACAUACAGGAUGGUGGCUAUUGUAAUAAUCAUCCAUACAACGAAGGAUACGUGUACUAAUGAUAGUGACUGAAAAUGAUCAAGAGCAUUUCACAUUUUCUUCUUUGCAAGACCCAACAAAGCAGAAUAUUUUUUUGUUUCCAAGUAGUUCAUAAAUGGGCUUUACCUGUUGCAUAUCUCCUAUGGUCUGCCAUGGACAGCGCACUUUAUUUGAGGGAAAGGGGAUUUAAAAAUGUAAACUGUUGUGUAACAGGAUGAAAAAGAUGGAUACAUUAUUCAUGUGGGCUUGGGAAGGGAAAGUUCAGUUUUAGGUACUUUAUUGCAAAGUCAUUUGUCUAUUUUUUUCCUCUUUUAGGAGCUUAUUAUAUGUUGUACAUUUUUUCUGGACAUAAAGGGUACAGUUAAUUUCUGUUGUCUGAGUAACUGCGUGAAAUGAAACAUGCUUUCCUUAUACCCAGUUUGCGGCUUUUCCAAUUUCUCAACCCAUUUUACCCAAAACACAAUGAUUGACAGCAUUGCAUUUUUUUUUUGUUUUAAUUUAUUUUCGGAACCGUCCAUUCUCGGCAUUCACUGAGCAGUUUCUACACCUGGCAGUUUCUAAACGCUGAGAUUGAUGUGGGUUUUGGAACAGUACAAUUCUUAUUCAAAGCAAGAAAAUCUUCCUCCUACACAUUAAUGAGGAUUAAAAGCAAAUCGCCACUGAAGGAGAAAGAGAUUUCCUUUCAUUACGCUUAAUACAUAAACGAGUUAUCCAAUCAAUAGGAAUUAACUGUACUCUGUCACAUAUCUUAUUAUGCUGUUGUAGAUACAGCAAGCACUCCUUGGAAAAAUAUCCAAUACACUAAAUAGGUACUUAAAUAAUUUUUAGAUACAGUACCCAUUAAUAUGCAUUUACGCCUUUUACUGCUGUGUUAUGUUGAUAACAUAUAUAAAUACUAGAUGAUGCUUCUGCUGCUGUCUUUUCUGUACCAUCCUCUUUGAUGCUGAAUUUACUAAAGUCAUUAUAUGCAUUGCUGUAACUACAGAUAGCAUUUCAGGACAAAAUAGAUGACGAAUCAUUUAUUGCUUAUAAUAUAGCUUAGCUGCGCUGCAAUCAGCUUCUUCUUGCAUCAACAAACCGUAAGCCUCUGCUUGCUAAGGGAAUCUCAGUGGGAUCUGUUUAUUUUUUUUUUUUUGUAACAUUUGGUGGAACAGAGGCUUAUUUACAAACUGUCAUAAAAUACAAUGAAGCCACUGUACGUCCUAGUAGUGCGGGCACUGAUAUAAUCAAUCAAAACUGUUUGGACACUACAUGUAAUGUGAGCAAAUGUGUGUUUGGGAGACAAGUUCAAGGUUACAUUUCUGGAGUUUGCUUUUAUUUUUAAGCGAGACAUGUACAGAAAGAAAAUGUAUUGAAAUUUUAUGGGCACCUUUUAUAGUUUUUGUUUGAGACCUGAUAAAAAAAAAAAAAAAGUUCACGCAACGGAAACAUUGGUGCAGCCCUGUAUAAAACAGCUUUUCUUUGCUGACUCGAUAAGAAAGAGAAUGUACAGCAUGUACAAAGGCUAAUUCUAAGAAUACAGUUACAGUAUUGGGAUUCACAGCCUGCAUGUUGAUAUAUCUGGUGCAGGAUUGGUGCAAAAACGUAACUACAUAAAUAAUCAUUCAAUGAAAAAAAAAAAAAAUGUAUAUAAUGUUUUCAUGUAUUUCUAUACAAUUUGUAAUAUGCAAUAAUAGCAAGAACUAAAUACCCUUUAUGCGAAUUUCUUUUAUGGAUACAUGCAACUAAAUGUCACACGUUUAAUCUACUCACUGCCAAAGUUUGAUCAGUAAACAUUUUAUGCAAUUUUUUUUUUUUUUAAUUUCCGGUAUGGAAGAGAAAACAAAUACAAGAGUUACUCAUUAGGUUCCAAAAAAGUAUACGUAAAUGAGAGAGUGAUAUAUGUAAAACUGCUGGGUUUAUUUACAGUCACGGCUGAAAAAAGCACGUCAUUUUUACUCUAGGUUUGAAAACGGAGCAUUUUAUAUUUUUAUUUGUUGCAAUUAUUGUGAGCAGUUUUUAAGAAACCCACUUUUAACAGAUGUCUCACCUCCCUAUGGCUUGUUAUUUAGGUUAGAAGCUUCUUGCUUUUUUGUUGAUAUCUUGUAAAUCCUUUAAUUUGCAUGCCUCAGUGAGGUGAGAUUUCUGGCAGUGACCUUAAAUAUCACAUUCAGUCUAACACCCUGGUCCAAAUUUAGUAUAUGAAAGUCAAUUGGAUUAGGUUUGCUUUAUGACAUUUGUCACGUCACGGAAAAUAUUGCAAAACAAAAAAAAAAAUGUCCCAUGAAUAGCAAUAUUUAUCGUUCUAAAACGUUGCUGCAUUCAACCCCCUGUAAUAGCAGCUUCCCUCAUUUAUCAGAAAGGAUUUUUCAACAUUUGCUGAUUUAUUCGCAAAAAAUCAAAAUGGCAACCAAACCUGCAGAAUAUGAUCGGUCAUUUUACAUUAUCCAUUUUGAGUUCCAAAAUAUAUAUAAUAAAAACACUUUUGUUUCUAAAAUAGUUGGUUUUUCACCAGUUCUCAUCUAUUUAACCUAUACAACUUUUUGGUAUUUGGAGGCACAAACUUAUACAUAAAACAUUUUGAAAUUGUAUUCUUACUAUAUCUUUGUCUUAAAAAUAGAGCAAAAAGGAUCUGUUUAUGGAAAUGUCAUGAAUUCUUCAAAAACACCUCUACAAUUUGCAAAUCCGAAAUUGUAGUUCUCUGUAAUAUCAGAUUUGGGCAUUAUUAUGACAUUUUAUAGCACUCUGGUCUGAUUAGAUUCUUAUAAAAUGAUGUUUAGCCAUUGGCCUGUCAACGGUUUCAUAAGCUCCAAGUAUCCCUUGACUGGAGUUACAGUAUAACAGGUUUUGGGAAGUUACAGACUGGUAGUUUCCCUUCUUAUAACCAUGUAUAACAUGUACAAUAUUUUGACAACAGUUGCCUUUAGCUUUAUGAAGGGAAUCUAAAACCCGGAAAUAUGCUACUAGAGCUACUGAAUCUUGUAUCAUUUGGUGAACCAAAAGACCUUUAAGAAUGCUGGUAGCUGAAAUUUGGCAGCACUUCGUCAAAGAAUUGUAUAAAAUUCCUGUUCUAUGUCAUGGUUUCUUAUGACUGUGCCCCAAUAUUUUUUUGUUUGACUGUAACAAUUUACAAAACAAGUGAAAACUUGGCAGUUUUGAACAAUUACUUUUGAUUUGUGCUAUUAAAACCUGAAUGUAAAGGAAACCCAAUGAACAGCCCUUCUACUGAAAAUUGAUCAUCAUGAGCACCCAAGUGAAUGGUCAAGACAUAUUUAAACUUUUUAAUUGUUGGUUUUGUUUUAUUCAGAUAGUAAAAUAAAGUUGGCAGCUUAUUUCUCAAAAA